GAAUAUCAGAAUCGGUGAAGGCGCGAAUCAAUGCUUCCUUUUCAAAUCGCAGCGAUUCCUAUUCACAAACCCAUCCAAUCAACCCAUCUUCCGGUUCUGUUUCAACUAGCCAUCCUCGUACCAAGAAGACCGUCAACCAAAUCUACCAAACCCUCAAAGAAGAUACCCAAGUCACCGUAAACGCCGCCCUCAACAAAGACGACGCUGUCAAAAAAGACUCCAAAGCGAAAGCCGCCGAUCUGAUGAACAAGCUUCACCCCGAAGCCUCCAUCAGCAGCCACGACGACUGGUACUUCCUUCAGAACCCCUCCGGCGAGACCGUCUACUACCAAGGCAGCACCGGCGUGAUCUCUCGCCUCCUCCCCGACGGCUACGUCACCACCGAAGGCGAGCCGCUCGCUCCGGAUUUCCCGGCCUCCGACCUUUCCUUCGACUCGCUCGACCGCAUCUGCCGCGCCAACCACUUGAUCUCCAGCUGCCGCGUCGUCGCCGAGUCGCAGAAGCUCUUCCGGCGGCGCAGCACGCUCAGCGGCGCGCCCUCCUUCGUCUCGGGGCGGCGGCAGAGCGACGGGGAAACGGGGAACUGGACGCGGUCGGUGGGGCGGCGCGACAGCAACGCGUCGAGUCUGCAUCAGUCCGUGGAGUCGCGGGAAAGCGAGCCGCGCGAGGCGAUGGAGUUCGUGCCGCCGGAGAUGAAGCGAAAUAGCUCGCUUUCCCGCGAAGAUCGCGCGGGAGCGGGGCGUGGCGGCGCGACGACGCACGAAGAACGGCCGAUGCUGACGCGUCUGACGUCGACGUUGCAUGUCGGCGCGCUGGAUCGGCGGCAGAACCAGUCGUUUUAUAAGGCGGGGCUGGGACAGCUGUUCACGGUGGCGUCGUCGAGCGGGUAUUUGGCGGAGCUGAAGGAAAUGCUGUUUGAAGGUGAGGAAAAAAAGGGCGGGUGA